GAAGACGAAGAAAAACAGAAAUAAACUCCCAUCCCAUCAUUCCCCCUCUUUAACUUCUUUCUGUUGUUGUUGGUCUCAAACGAAGCACCCAACACCCACUUUCUGAUGCAUUAGACAACAAUGGAGGAUUCCGAGAAAUUGACGGCGUUGAAGAAGGCGUACGCCGAUAUCAUUCUGAACACGGCGAAGGAGGCCGCGGCGCGUAUCAUGGUGUCGGAGAGGAAAGCCACGCGCUUUCAGCAGGAACUUGUUUCUACUAAAGAAGAGGCGCUUCGGAUGCUUCUCAGACUCAAACAAAUGUUCGAUUCUAAGGUCAGCGAAGCGGAGCUGACAUCAUUGAAUCAGCAGAAGAAGAUUGAGGAGCUUGAAGCCCAGCUACAGGAAGCUGAGGAAAUAGUUAGAGACCUAAGGGCAGAGUUGAGAGAAACCCAGGCUGAGCUGGAGAAUGUGACAAAACACCAAAUGCAUCCCCCAGUUGCACAAAACAUGGAGAGUGAAGUUGCAGCUCAGCAAAACAUAAUGCAGGAAAACAGACUUGAUCAUUAUGAUGGAUCUGUAUAUUCUGCUUCUGGUUUACAGUUUGAAUCUGUCUCUAUAUCUGACUCUAGGAAUCCAACUGUAACUGGAACAAAUGAUAGCAGACAGUUCUGUGUGUCACAUGAUCCUACAAACAACUGCUACAUUCAUAACCCAGAUUUUGCAUCCAUAGUCAUUAGGAGGAAAGAGCCUGAGCUCUACAGAAAUGGAUGCACUCAGAGAAUACGCGCAUUUGAAAGGAGUCUUUUUGAUGGAAAUAUGACUGUUUCAGGAAAUUUAGAUAAUGUACAGGAUGAAGCUUUAGUAAGUGUACACGAAGAAGGUAAAGUGAUGGCUGUAACAGCUAAUGCCAAAGCUGAUAUUGUUUGUGAAAAGGAGAAACUGGAUGAACUUAAAGUGGUGAAAGCAGACACUGACCUUGUCAAAGUUCCAGUUCAUAGAAAAAAGAGAAGAUGUAGGAUAAGGAAGGCUACUAAAUGUAGAUUACAUUAUAACCUGGUUCAGGAAACAAAUAAAGAAUCAUAUCUGUCUUGUGUGGAAGAUUCUCCACUUGUAAUGGAUAAAGAUGACCCCUCAAGGGUGAGUUCUUCUAUGGCAUAUGAAAAUGAAGCUCAGAAGGAUCCAAUGUCUUCUUUUGCUGAUGUACCCACAGACACAACUGCAACAAAUGAGCAAUCAGGAUCUCACAGCAAUACUGAAAAUGGGGAAGUAUUUCUUAAAGCUUGCAGUGCUUGGAACAAAAUUAAAGAUGAUAAGGAACCUUUGGAUAAAUCAGAUUUGACCAGACAAGAGAGUUUGUCCACUGAAAGUUUAGAGGUUCCGGCUAGUAAAGAUGUUGAGGCAUCUAAUCGGUCACUGGAUAAAAUGGAUCCCAAAGUAUCUGACUUAGAUGAGAAGGUUUUUAGCCGAUCUGUAAGUGAUAAGUUUAAGUACACAUUCCGGAGAAAGCGUAAGAAGGAGCCUGUUAGCAGUGAUGAUGUUGAUUGCUCUCAAGAUAGUAGCAGUUCAAAGAAAAAGUUUGGAGAGAAGCAAGAUGGUCAUGUGGAGCCUCAGAAGUCUUGCACAAUGACUGAAUCAUCACGGGACAGCCGGCGACUGGCACAGGUUGCUCGUCAGCUUAUAUCGUUGUCUGAGAAGAAAUGGUGGCAGUAGGGUCUAUUGCUAUGAUGAGUGGGUAGUAUGAGAAGAGUACUCAAGGCACAGUCCAAUGCGCUAUUGAUUCAGGAGGUGGCGUUUUAAGGAUGCUUUACUUUGGUAGAGCUGUGGAAUGUGUUAAUAAUAUAUUAUUACUAUAUAUCUACUUUUCUUUCAUCCUUAGCUUAGAAAUUGCUAACAUUAUAUUCUAGAGAAACAUAAAUUAUAUAUGCUGUUGCUACCCUUUUCUGGGGUCCUGUUUGCAAUACAAAUUUUGCUGAUUAUAUAUUUAUAUUCGCGC